AUGAGGACAGAGACAGACAGCACGCACACCUUCUCCAGAUCAGAGACAUCAGAGAGAGCAGCUCAUCACACACCUCCACCUGCAGAGCAUCAUCUCCCCGGUGGUCCUCCGAACGUCCAGACGCUCUCCAACAGCCUCCUGCCGGGCUCCGCCAUGGCGAAUCCAAGCACGCUGCUCUUCCUGCUGGCAGGUGAGCAGCCAUUUAAAGUUUUCAGUACUUUAGCAGACCGGUUCCCAACGCGUGGCCACCGACCCCUGCUGUGGGUCGACAGGAUGUCGUAUCCUGGUUCAUCUGCUGUACUGUGUUUCAAAAAUGACCCAUCUGAAACGGCAAAAGACUGUCUGUUCGUGGAGGACAACGGGGGGGCGGACAGAGUUGCCGCGACUCUGCAAGACAAGUUCACACUCAGAUUCUACAACUUUGGCCCACAAACAGGUCUGAUGGUAGGCGGAUACAGUGAUUAUACUCCGGUUAAUUUUGUCCUGAAUGCAAAGGUCGGUGACUCAUCUCUGGGUUCGUGGUCAUGGACUAAUGCUGAGUUGUUAAAUAAUCAGUUUAUAGAUUUAAGCGGAUGCAGGUACUCAGGUGUCUCUAUCGCUGCUGGUUCAGAGACAUUCAGCUCAGAAACCUGCUCCCAGGUCACCUGUAACAAGUCUGCAGUCAUCAGUGUUGUCAGUACAUGUGGACCCCUGGAGGUCUGCCAGGGAAACGGCACGUGCGUUCCAACCCCGGUCGUGUGCACGGUGACCGGCUCCACUGUCAUCGACUUCUUCAACAGAGUCCGCUCUGUCUCUGAUCGCUGUGCGUACACCCUGAUGAAGCCUCAGCGAGGCUCUGGUUAUGAGCUGGUGGCGGUUUUCAAGGAGCGACGUCGUAAAGAUGUGGGAUUUUUGGACCACCUGAUCCUGUCGCACGGUGGCAAAAAAAUUUUUCUGGGACAAGGUGGACGAGUUCGGGUUAGUGGCGAAACUCUAACACUCAGCACCGAGUUUCAAACGCUUCACGGUGUGGAGCUCCUCAAGGACGAGAACGGAGUUACUGCCAAGAUACCGUCCUCUAACAUGAAAGUCGUGUUUGACGGCAACACCGCUCAUGUGACAGGACUUGUUGAAGCUGUCGAGGGCUUAUGUGGCUUUACGACUGAUUCCAGCCGGACCACCACCCCGAGAGCAGAGAAGUCAUCUUCCUACAGUGCCGAUGGCUGUGACGUUCAGCACAGCGACACCAACGACACCUCCAUCAGCUGCAACCGCUCGACCGAACACUGCGGCCUCAUGAAGCAGGGUCCAUUCACCGCCUGCCACAACGACACCGACCCGCAGCCCUACAUCACCGCCUGCACAGACACUUUGUGCCACUACCCGCAGGUGGACGGACUCAAAUGCCAGUUUUUUGAGGCUUACGCCAAGUCCUGCAAGCUGAAAAAUAACAUCAUUCUGCAGGACUGGAGGUCAACGGUCGGCUGCUCUGCGGCCCCUCUGCCCUGUCGGGACCUGUACUGCAGCGAGGACGAGUUCUGCGGCGAGAAGCCCGGAGGAACCCGCUGCUUCUGUCGGGCCCUGUUUGCCGCCAAAUACAAAGAAAAAGACACUUUAGGUGAGCCGACAGUCUGUACGCAGAACUCUGCCACAGCUGCUCUGGCAAACUGUCUGCUGGAGGACGAAGGCAUCGACUACACCGACCUACAUCUCAGAGACCCGAGCUGCCAAAGUCAACUGGACCACGAGACCCACAUGGUGUCCUUCAGCUUUGACAUCAGCAACUUAUGCAGGACGGAGGUGACGAUGAAAGACGACAAAAUCAUCUACAAGAACACCAUCAUGACGAGGAACACCUCCACCCACUUCAUCAGCCGCCACGUCCACGCCGAGAUCGACUUCUUCUGCGUGUACACGCAGCCGGCGAUCAAGAGCGUGAUCUUCAAGAUCAGUGACAACUCCGUGAGCGAGAUGAUUGUGUCGGUGCAGUGGAAUUACACCGUGAUGAUGAACGCCUACACUGACUCUGACCGCCUGACCCUCAUCGGGCCGGACACCGAGAUCCACCUGAACCAGAGGGUCUGGCUGGAGCUGACCACGGACGGGCUGGACAACAGCAUGGUCGCCGUGGUGACCGACUCCUGCUGGGCGACCAACCAGAUGUCACCUUAUGCCGAUCUGCGUUACAACCUCAUCAUAAACGGGUGUCCCGAUGACUCGACGGUGCAGGUGGAGGGAAACGGAGCGGGGACGUCAAACGCCUUCUCUUUCAACAUGUUUCGCUUCGCUGCCGGAAAUCACGACAUCUACCUGCACUGUGAGCUGGAGCUGUGCCUCACUCAGGAGGACACAUGCACUAAGACCUGUGGGGGCGGAGCCCGCAGGAGGCGCACAUCUGUCAGGUCUAAAUAUGCUGAUAGAAACUCAGCUCUCAUCACUUUGGCCUGGAAUUAUUAA